CGCUAGUAACGAGUAAACUUCGUGUACCCAGUAACAGGGUAACUCGACUCUAUUGAGUGAUGAACAAUCGCUUCUCCAUCUUGAACUAGACUUUCCAAGUUGCUAAGAAAACCAAAGUUUCGUUUGGUCGAAAACGCACGCGGUUUGACCCACUUUCACCUUCACCAAGAAGUGGUUUCAUCACUUGGUGGUUACACACCACACCACUGUGAAGCGUGAAUAUGAACGUUCCUUUUAGCCUCUCUUUCAUUUACCCUUUUCCAUAUACCGCAUAAAAAACGUUCCUUUUAGCCUUCUUUGUUCCAAGUUUUUAUUUUUAAGGGAGUGGUGCUGAAACUACCAAGAGGGUAGCCAGAAAUUAAAAUGGCACAUUUGCAAGAAAUAGAUCGAGUCAAGAAUGAAGUUAUACGUUUAGAGCGCGAAUCUGUCAUUCCCAUUCUGAAGCCUAGGCUCAUAAUGACACUGGCCAAUCUUAUUGAACAUAGUUCUGACCGGGCUGAGUUCUUGAAGCUCUCCAAGAGAAUAGAGUACACAAUUCGAGCUUGGUACCUUCUACAGUUUGAAGACUUGAUGCAACUUUACUCCCUCUUUGAUCCUGUACACGGGGCACAAAAGUUGGAACAGCAGAAGUUAUCUUCCGAAGAAAUUGAUGUGCUUGAACAGAAUUUCUUGACAUACCUAUUUCAGGUCAUGGAAAAGAGCAACUUCAAGAUAGUGACGGAUGAUGAGAUUGAUGUUGCACAUUCAGGCCAGUAUCUUCUAAAUCUUCCCAUAACGGUUGAUGAAUCUAAGCUUGACAAGAUACUUCUGAAGAAAUAUUUUGAAGAGCAUCAUCAUGAUGACCUUCCUGAUUUUUCUGAUAAGUAUGUUAUCUUUCGGCGUGGCAUUGGAAUUGAUCGAACAGCUGACUACUUUGUGAUGGAGAAAGUGGACAUGCUUAUUGGACGCUUUUGGGCAUAUCUAUUGAGAGUAACUAGGUUGGAAAAGCUUCUAUCCAGAAGGUUAAAAAGGCGCAAUAAGAAAGAUCCAAAGAAGGACAAUGAAAUUAACUCUGAAGCAGAUGGGCAGGACCUUUAUGUUGAACGGAUACGUCUUGAAAGUAUGCAACUAAGUUUCCGUAAUUUGCUGGGCAAGACCUUAAUCCAAGAACCAACAUUUGAUAGGAUAAUUGUUGUCUACAGGGGAGCCAGAAACAAAUCAAAAGAAGAACGAGGAAUAUAUGUGAAGCAUUUCAAAAACAUUCCAAUGGCUGAUAUGGAAAUAGUUCUUCCAGAAAAGAAAAACCCUGGAUUAACUCCAAUGGAUUGGGUCAAGUUUCUUGGAUCAGCUGUAGUUGGUCUGGUUGCUGUAGUUAGUUCACUUGAAAUGCCUUCAGCUGAUUGGUGGGUCAUCAUUGCUGUUGUCUCCACAGUAAUUGGUUAUAUUGCUAAGACUUACUUCACGUUCCAACAAAACAUGGCUCAGUACCAAAAUUUGAUUACGCAGUCAAUGUAUGACAAACAACUUGACAGUGGAAAGGGUACGCUUCUUCAUUUGUGUGAUGAUGUCAUUCAACAGGAAGUCAAAGAGGUUAUAAUUUCAUUCUUUAUUCUGAUGGAACAGGGCAAAGCUACAAGACAGGAUCUUGAUCAAUGGUGUGAGGAACUAAUCAAAGAAGAGUUUGAUGAGGAAUGUAAUUUUGAUGUGGAUGAUGCUGUUGAGAAAUUAGAGAAAUUAGGAAUUGUUACUCGGGAUUCUGUUGGUCGAUAUCAAUGUGUCGGGCUAAAACGGGCAAAUGAAAUCAUUGGCACCACCACUGAAGAGCUUGUCCUUAAGGCAAAACAGGGAAGCAUGACUUCUUGAUGGUGUUUUCAAAACGUGCUUAUCUGUCUCAUGUACAUGUAGUGUUGGUUGAUAAUGACUAUCCUGAAAUUGCCUAAGGUUAGAAUUUUCCUUUACACAAUCCUAGAUUGAUGUCCCAUCUCUUAGAUGGAAGUUAGUUUCUGCUUUCUCUAUACAGUAAGUCUAUGUCAAUGUGUUCUCUAUAUUUUAUUCUUUUUUUCAGUAGUUUGUGUUAAUAAAACCUAGUCCCUGAUUCUAUAGCACACUCUAUUACAAUGCUUGGACUAGUUCUUUAUUUUCAAGCUUUUACGUGUAAUUGUGUAAUUACCACUGAAUGUUGUGUUACCUCAACAUUGAUUAAAUGUUGAAUCAGUUGUGGGUCAGCAUGGCCAAGACAGGUGUUCUUCACUCAUACAUGUUAUGAUGUUUUGCCUGUCUUAUAAGCUAUAAUUGAUGGCAACAACUAAUAAGCACUUGUAUUGUU